AAGUUCGUCAGUUAGAGUUAAGGAUUACUGGAAAUCUGUAUCGAAAUGCAUUCAGACUUCCUAUUAGUUCUAAAUGGUGACGAAAUAAGCUAUUCAGUCCUUGCCACCUGUCCAACCGACUUGUCUAUGAUAAGCUACCAGAUUGAACAAAGCGCCAUUAACUACCUAACCAAACUUCUAUUAAGCUGACUUUUAAUUUAUAAAUCACCUACAUUUUUUUCCUUUCCAUAUAACCUUUUCAGAAUAAUAGUUGUUUAUUCGAUCGCUGAAUAAUACCAAUUUUAUUUUGCUUUUAUCUUUCACAGCCAUUGCUAGAACUAAUAAUAAAAACAAUAUCAUGCCAAAGUCGUCUGCUAAAAGUGACAAUUCAAAAAGUGGUAAGAUGAGUGGAAAAAGUUCAACUAAUUCUAACAAUAAAACUGAUAAUGCAUCAUCAACCGGCUCUGGUAAACAGUCCAAGUUGGCAAAUGCGGUGAAGGUACGUCAUAUACUAUGUGAAAAACAAAGUAAAUGCUUAGAAGCUUUAGAACAACUUAAAAAUGGUAAACGUUUUAAUCAAGUAGCAGAAAUGUACAGUGAAGAUAAAGCUCGUUCAGGGGGUGAUCUAGGAUGGAUGUCCCGUGGAUCGAUGGUCGGUGCAUUUCAAGAUGCAGCAUUUAACUUGCCUAUAUCAACUUUAGAAAAUCCCAAGUACACUGAUCCUCCAGUUAAAACACAGUAUGGAUAUCAUAUUAUCAUGGUUGAGGGAAGACGAUAAAAUAAAAAACAAAUAAUCUCUUCGUUUGUUUGAUUGAGGUUCACUAUUUUUGGAAUACACUAUGAUGUAUUAUAGUAUACAAUGUAUUUGUUAAAUAUUAAAUGUGAAUAACAUCAGUUAUUUAUAUUUCGCAUGGCAUGAAACAUAAUAAAUAUCGUUGUACGUUCAAUGAUA